GGUUUCUUGUCUAGUUGUGGUGAAGCUGUGUCCUGACUGAUCCUGUGUAGCCCCAUGGUGAAGAGGUCGGCCAUAGAUCAUGUAAGAUGUUUAUGUCCACCAUGUUUUCAUCGUUGCAGACGAAGUUCCAGACGAAGUUCCAGAAGAAGUUCCAGAAGAAGUUCCAGACUGCUGCUUGGCCUGAACCGGUUCACCUCCAUCGUCAGCCCAGUGGGACAAGCUGCGACAGAAUCUCCCUGUGCUCGGUCUUUAUCAGGCUCACUGUUGCUGCUGACUCUGUUGUGAGCAGACGCAGACUGAAGGACGACUCACACACUCACAGGAUUUAUUCUCCUCAACAACUGGACAACACUGAGUUCUUUUAUUCUUCUGCUUCUGAGAAGAUGGACGUGAGGUGGGUGACGUUUCUCCUGCUGCUGUUCUCCUUCGAUCAGCUGCUGGUGGCGUCGAGCGCCGAGGCUGAACACCAGGAGAACGCUAAGCACGGAAUCCACUCACAGAACCAGAUCAUCAGGGCCCAGUACGAAUGUUUCCAGAUGAUCAGUCGAGAGUCGCAUUCGUCCAAAGCCAAAGGGCUCACGUGCAACGCGACGUGGGACGGCUGGCUGUGUUGGAGCAGAACCAAAGCCGGCAAAAGGACAGAGCAGAACUGUCCAGACUUCUACAAUGACUUUGACUCAAGUGAGAUGGUGUCCAAAAUGUGCACGGAGGAGGGCGAGUGGUGGCGUCACCCGGACAGCAACCGCACGUGGACGAACUUCACGAACUGCCAACGCAACACGACGCACCACAACGAGGUGGCGAUGUCCCACUUCUACUUGGUGAUGAUUGGUCAAGGACUGUCGCUGGUGUCUCUGCUCAUAUCGUUGGGAAUCUUCUUCUACUUUAAGAGUCUGAGCUGCCAGAGGAUCACUCUCCACAAAAACCUCUUCUUCUCGUUCGUGCUGAACUCCGUCAUCACCGUGGUCAUGCUGAACACGCUGAAGGACAAACCGGGACACAACAACAACGACUCCGUGAGCUGUAAGCUGGUCAUAUUCAUCCACAUGUACCUGCUGAGCUGCAACUACUUCUGGAUGCUGUGCGAGGGGAUCUACCUGCACACGCUCAUCGUCGUGGCCGUGUUCGCAGAGAAACAACACCUCAUAUGGUAUUACAUGCUGGGCUGGGGAUUUCCCCUCAUGCCUGCAGUGGUUUACUGCAUAGCUCGUCACUUUUACUACGACGACAAAUGCUGGAUCAGUCCGACGUCCCUGCUGUACAUUAUCCACGGCCCCAUGUGUGCUGCGCUGGUGGUGAACCUUUUCUUCCUCCUGAACAUCGUGCGGGUUCUCAUCACCAAGCUGAGGGUGACGCACCAGGCCGAGUCCAGCCUGUACAUGAGGGCGGUGAGGGCCACGCUGAUCCUCAUCCCGCUGCUCGGCAUCCAGUUCGUCCUGUUACCCUACAAGCCCCAGGAGCACUGGAUCACUGAGAUCUACAUGUACAUCAUGGAGAUCCUCAUGCACUACCAGGGUCUCCUGGUUUCUACAAUAUUCUGCUUCUUCAACGGGGAGGUCCAGAGCGUCCUGCGGAGACACUGGAACCAGCAGCGGAUGCAGUUCGCCGGCACGUUCGCCAACGCCGACUUCUUCCGCUCGGCCUCCUACGUGGCGUCGUCUCUGACAGAGGUGCACCGCUGCUACAGCAUAGAGAGCCACACCGAGCACAUGAACAGCAAGAGCUACCCGGACAUUUUCAGAUCGGACAGCCCCUUCGUGUGAAACCUCGGCGCUUGAGAUUUUUUAUUUUUUGGAGUUAUGCUAGUGUUCACGACAAAUGAUUCAUUCCGACGUUUUCCCGUCUCUCAGCAGAAAACAAAUCCACUCGAACACUUUUCUUUUUUUUUCUCUCAUGAAUGUCACACAAACAGACGACGUGUGGGACCAAAGAUCCGGUGAAUAUUUGAAGUUAUCAAACACGAGGAAGACUCAACCAAUAAACCAGCCUGAAAAUACGACGCCAACACGAGGAUUUAAGACUUUUCUGCAUCGUGUGGAAUAAACGUGAAGAGCUGAUGGUUACGAUCGUGCGAAGAGAGAAGUCGUGACGAUCUGGAGCAGAACUUUCUCUGCAGAACUCCUUCUCUUUGGUUCAUGCAGACGUUGAGGAGCUGGAGUCGUCGAGCUCCAGCAGCGAAGAUGAAGCUUGUCCGACAGUUACCGAUCCGAUCCACAUCGGAGGCCAUUUUUGCUUCAGCCACUUUUGAGUUUUCUAUUUAUGUGCAGCGUGUUUUUUAUUCAAGUUUAACAAUUAAUGAGAAACAUGAGCUCAAAGCAACACUUUCAAUCACUGCUUUAUAUUUAGACAUUAGUGAGGUUUCAUUAUCACGCAUGAAGAGUUAAAUCAGCAGGAACUGACUCGAACCGAUCGGCCGUCACCUCUGGACCCUGACGAGUGAAGAGCUGCUGGUUUCAGUCUUCAGCCGCAGGCGUCUCAGAGCGGCCUCUUCUGCAGCUCCGAGAACUUAUCGUAACAUCGAUCAAUGGAUCAAAAAUCACCGAGAGGAACAGUUUCAGGUUCCGGAAACUUAUUUGCUUUCCUGCCAAGCGUUAGACGAGGAGGUCGCAGGAAGAGGAAAUAAGUUUUAUCAUCUAAAAGCGAUGGAACCUGAAUAUUUCUGGAUGAUUACAUGAGAUUUCUUAGACAUAGAAGAAAAGGUGACUUCUCAAAAUCGCAGGUGUAUUAAAUAUUAAAGGAUUUCACAGUCAAGGUUCACUUUUUAUAUUUCUCCCGAGCUUUCAACCUCGGCUCACGAAAGAACAAUAUUUUAUCACAGAUUUGUCACGAAUGAACGCUGGUGUUGAACAGUGUGUAUAUAAAACACAAAGGUGUGUUUCACUUUGUACUAUAGUUUGUGAUGACGCUUGUUUAUACUGAAGUGAUAAUGCUGUAAAUAAAACUAGUGUUUUUAAAUGACA